AUGGAAACCUCAGAAAAUUUAAGUUUUGAGAAACAGAGAGCAGCUUUGAUUAAAACUUUUCUUCAGGCUCAUUAUAGAAAAUUUCUUGCAAGUAACAGAACUGAUGCUUACGAUUUACACCAAAGCCUUGAUAUGCCUCUUGAACAAUUUAAAAUCUCUGAUGUGAUUGAACUUUGUGCUAAAGCUUGGAAUGAAGUAACUUCUGGAACUAUUAGAAACUGUUGGUUAAAGACAGGAAUUUUACCUACCUUAGAUGAUGGCAUGAAAUAG